AUGUCUUUCGAUGGGAAUGAGAAUGCGAUAAAUGUUCAGACCUGGUCUGAGUAUGGGAAGACGUGGUUUGGGGACAAUAUUGCCACUACCAAAGAGUCAGUUUUUCUAGAGAAGGUGAUUAUCAGUGUCAAGCAGGCGCAUUGGUCUGAGUUAUCAAGGAUUUGGGCCAGAUGGGAUGACAAUGAAAAGAUACUAUUCAGAGAGGUAUACAGUGACAUCGUCGAGUUGCUGAGGGUAUCGAUAGAUGCAGUGGUGGUACGAGUCUUGGCUGAGUGUUGGAAUCCGGCUUAUCGUUGCUUCACUUUCGGUAAGGUGGACAUGACCCCUACCCUGGAAGAAUAUACAACUCCACUGAACAUCCCAAAUAUUAGGAGACAUUCCCUUUACACCAAGGCAAUCCGACCUAAGGGGUUCACAACCAAGAUGAUCACAUUGACGGGAAAGACCAAGGAAUGGGUCAAAGAGUACAUUCACGAUGAGAGAAUCUCUUGGGCUCAGCUGAAGAGUUUGAUUUACGAGCAGACGCAAUCCAAGAGGAGGAGAGAUCACUUUGCGCUCGCGGUAUAUGGCUUGGUAGUUUUCCCAUGGAAAGAGGAUCAUUUUGAUAUCGCCUUAAUCGAUUUUGUCGAAGUCAUAUCCAGAAAGACAAAUCCCGCACCAACCAUCAUAGCGAAAACGUUCUUGUCACUAAACCAGUGUAGACGAUCGGGGGAGUCAGAUUUCUCUCCUCUAGUGGACUUCCUCGACAAGUUCCAAAUCUCGGAGCAUCGCAAGAGGAAAGACUGGGUUGAAGCCCUCCGGAACAUAAAAGAUACCGAGAUAGUAUGGAAAGCUUACUGGUUGCCCAAAGAAGACAUACUAUAUAGGUGCGGCAACAAUAGCUUUUUGAUGUUGCACGAACUAUGGGGAGCAGUCGGUUAUACUCCACUGAUAGCACUCUGA